AUGGACCUGCAAUUUGAUCCUUCUAUGAAUCCUUCCACAUUUUCUCCUCAGUCGGCAGUUGAGAAGAGGAACUGUGUUGAAAAGGGGUACUAUGAGGACGAAUUCAUUGUACACAUAUGCCCUAAAACUUCACAAUCGCCAGUUUUGAGUAUUUUCGAUUACAUUCGAGUUGUUGGCAACAGAACCGUUAUAUCACACUUUUUCAGUAACUUUAAGAACCAGAAGGUUCAGCUUGUUAACCUGGGUUGUGGAAUGGACUCACUGUCCCUAUGGGUCAUGACCAAAUUUACCAAUUGUGUGUGCUACGAUUUGGACUUGGAGUUCCAAACCAGAGUUAAGAAGGACAUUAUACUUGAAUCUGAAGAGCUGUUAUCUAUUUUUCCCACACACAGGCACACAGAAUCCUCUUUCCACUCAGAUCGAUACCACCUAGUCAUCAGUAAAUGUACCACGAUGUCCAAGGCACCAUCUAUCUUCAUUAAUCACGAACACGUGAUAAACAAGGGGCCAAUUUACGAGGCCGGGAGGAUCGCAUUAAAGGUUUUUGAUAUUAUUUUUAAUACGCUGCAGAAUAACAAAACUCCAGUGUACACAGUAUGCGAGUAUCCAAAUGUUGAAGCUCAAGCCAACAGGUAUAAGAGCCUAGGCUGGGAUGACAUCUCUGUUCUGUUUUAUACGCACGUGUACAACUACAUUUUUGACAAGGAUGAGAGGAUUAGAGUAACGAAAAUUGAAGACUUUAAGGAAUUUCAUACUUUGGGACUGUAUUGUAGUAGUACUAUGUUCGGAGUCGCUACGAAAAACUGUGACGCCUUGCAAGAGUUCGUCAAGAUGAUUACCGUUCCCAAAACUUCUAAAGUCGAAGAAGGUGAUCCUCUAAUACCGCAUUUUAGUGAGGAUGAGCUUGACAAGGAGGAACCGGGUCCGUUCUUGAAGUUCGUCGAGGGCGUCUUUGAAGUAACCUAUAGCACAAGGUCUGAGGAGUGCCAAAGAUACUACAGAAGAUUUUAA